GCUGGACCUGAAGGCUACUCCUGUGUUACAGGACACCAUUAACGUGCUGGACCUGAAGGCUACUCCUGUGUUACAGGACACCAUUAACGUCAGAGUAGCAGGAGAUACACAUGGAGCAUGCCCCAAUGACGUGAAGGUGUUUGUGGUGAAUGGUACAGACACAGUGGUAGUCACAGACAACAACAACAACAGUGUGAAGUCCUUCUACACCAGGAACAAGAAGCCAUGUCACAGCAGGCUCAGUCUGGGUGGUGCUCCGUGGGGUAUAACAAUGUUGAAGGACAACCAGGUGGCUGUCACUGUGCCGGGUUCCAGUCAGAUUGUAACAGUACAAGUCAACCCUGACCUAGUGCUGCUGUCAACCAUCACAACCAGCAAACGGUACUUGGGUAUAACGUCUCUGACACCAUCAACACUAGCAGCAAGUUCCAUCUCCCCUCCUUGUGUUGAUAUCCUGGGUAUGACGGGACACGUGCUGAGGUCAAUUUGUCCAGGACAACCUAGUAGAUACAUCUUGAAGAAUCCCCGCUACCUCUGUACCACGAGGACAGGAAACAUCCUGGUGUGUGACAGUGGAUCCAAGUGUGUCGUGUGUCUGACUCCCGAGGGAGAUGAGGUCUUCACCUACAGCCCUACAGGAGACACAUCAAUGAAGUAUCCACUUGGUAUCACAAGCACCAGCACAGGUGACAUCCUGGUGACAGACUACUCUCUACACAGAGUCCUCCAUCUGACUGAGUCAGGACAGUUUGUUAGAAACAUGCUGACAUCACAGGAUGGUGUCCAGAGUCCACGUGGAGUGUGUGUUGGUGGGCGUGGCCGCAUGUACCUGUGUAGACCAGAUUCGGUGAAGGGUGCCAACCCCAUUCUCUUCUGA